AUUAGACGUUGUUUUAGGCCAGUCUUUCGGCCUUGAUAGUGUUGGCGCAAGCGGCUGGAACAGCAUUAACAAGCAUCGUUCACAGCAUAGCAUGUCUGCUAUCGGUUCUGGACAGGCAAGCGGAACAGGCUCAGUGGCUUCGCCUGAGCUGACUCCCAUCGGCACUCAGCCCGCAAACGUUCGCCAUUCUCUGGACGGUACGAAGCUCUUCCAGGAGAGCGCAAUCGGCUCUGCUGACGCAACCCCGAGUUCCGUUAUGUCGCCUGCUAUCAGCAACAUCUUGGCCAGCCCCCCAAAGCUCCAGCAAUCGUUUUCCGCCAACGACGUCCCAGUCCUCAAAUCUGCGAACGGUCAGUCUAACAACAACCACGCCCAGCAGCACUUUCAUAACCACAACGCCGGCCUUGGCCGUAUCCCAGCUGGUGCCAUGGCCGCGCGCCAUACACGUGAGCUUUCUGGUGAUACCGGUUUGACGAACAGCCGUGAUAACGGCGGCUACCCUUCAAUCACUUCGACUUUGCACGCCAAUGCUGCACCAUUCGGACCUGUCGCUCCUCAGCAGCAGACCUCUGCUGCAGUCAACACAGGCUUGACCUCGACGGCACCAGCGAUGCCCUAUUCCUACUACCCGCCGGGCCCCAACUAUGCCCCUCCUGGCAACAACGCUGGAUACGGAAACCUCCCCAUGAUGAUGCAGAACAUGUCCGUUGGCAACAACAACCCGGCAGCCGUGUAUGCCCCUCAAAACUAUACGGGAUACGGCGCGUUGUACAACACCGGUAGCAGCCCUAGACAGCCCCAGGAUAGCCAAGCCCGUGUUAUUCAGAGCCGGCGCGCCAUGGACGGUGAAGCCAUGUCUCGUUUCAACAACCUGCCUCUGGAGCAGGUUGUCGGCACCAUUUACACGCUAUGCAAGGAUCAGCAUGGUUGCCGCUACCUACAGAAGAAGUUGGAUGAUCGUAACGAGGAACAAAUCCACAUGAUUUGGCUCGAGACUAACCAACAUGUGAUCGAGCUGAUGACGGAUCCUUUUGGCAACUACCUCUGCCAGAAGCUGCUCGAGCUCUGCAGCGAAGACGAACGCACUGUUCUCAUUCGAAAUGCAACAUCAGAUAUGGUCCGCAUCGCUUUGAAUGCCCACGGCACUCGAGCGCUGCAGAAGAUGAUCGAUUCCGUCAGCUCACCAGCUCAAAUCAACCUCAUCAUUGAAGCGCUCCGCAACCGCGUUGUUGAGCUCAUUCAAGAUCUCAACGGUAACCAUGUCAUUCAAAAAUGUCUGAACAAGCUCAAUGCCACCGAUGCCAGCUUUAUCUUCGAUGCUGUUGGACAAAACUGCGUUGAAGUUGGCACCCAUCGCCAUGGCUGCUGUGUUCUUCAACGUUGCAUUGAUCACGCCGAUGGGGCCAAGAAGAUUUGGCUUAUUGAGCGUAUCACAGCCAACGCCGUUACCCUUGUCCAGGACCCCUUUGGCAACUACGUGGUUCAGUACAUCAUUGAUCUGAACGAGCCGAGCUUUACCGAGCCCCUCGUUGGCCAGUUCCUCGGUCGGAUUCCACAGCUGUCGAAGCACAAGUUCAGUUCCAAUGUGGUCGAGAAGUGCCUGCGUUGUGCUUCUCCUAAUUCCAAGGACAGGAUCGUCAGCGAAAUUAUGUCACAGAACGAGAUCAAACAGCUCAUGCAGGACUCAUAUGGCAACUACGUUGUUCAGACGGCACUGGACUAUGCUACUCCGUCCAUGAAGCACCAGCUGGUUGAGGCUAUUCGUCCUCAUUUGCCUGCUGUCCGCGCGACACCUUACGGCCGACGCAUCCAGGCCAAGAUUCAGACUUACGACAACCAGACCCAGAGCGGUACGAGCACUAGUGGUCAAGCGACUCCUGCGGAUCCGGCAGGCGGCCAGAUUUCCCUUCGUCCCGCACAGCACAACCGUGCCAUGUCCAAUAAUACGUCAAUUCUCACUAGUGGCGGACUAGGAAGUGGCGCGAACGGCAUCAACGGUGGUAAUGGGCAUCCCCUAGGCACCGUUUUCCCCGCAAGCAAUAUGAUCACAGUUCCGCCUCCUGCAUCGCAGCAGUUUCCUCCCGCUGGCGCCCCGGCUGAGAAUGGCCAGAACUGGGUCUAAGCAGUAAUACGAAAGCGUCUAGCAAGACGGACGAAAAGGGUGUACAUUAUAUGAUGAGAGAUGAGAUCACAUUUCGAAUGGUUUUCACUUAUCCAUCGGCUUGGGGAGUUUCCUUCCUCGGACGGACACGGACCUCGCGGGUCUCUUAAUACCUGACAAAAACGGGACAGAGUUCCAUUAAACAGAUAAUUUGCUAAGAUAAAGAGAGAUCUUUUUUCCUUUUUUUCUGAUUUGAUCUGGUAUUAUCGGUGACGAUCCUGGUACUGGGGAGCGGUUGUUUUUCUCUUUUUUAUCAGCGAAACAUGUUUCGGGCAACUAGGCGACGAAUCAAAAUAUGAGAAAGAGAGUUAUCGAGCCUUAAGCAGGAAGG